UUUCGUAGAAGUGAUGACCGUGACGCUUGUUUCUUGAUUAAUCCAGAUUUGUGACAAUGUCGCUGAAUUUUCUAACGAUGUAGCAGUGAAUCUUCGGUGCCGUUUCUUGUCUAAAUUCUUGUGGGUGUUCCCUCUUUUUCUUCACUUCGAGUUUCUUCGUUUCGAGUCCUGCCGCGGCCUCUGACGGCCUGCGCUGGAUCGCCACACAAUCUGUCUUCUGAACAAAAAUGUCCUAGUUGUGAGCCGUUCCGCCGCUCAAGAUCUGAAACGAACAUCAUGAGGAUGGAGCGGUGUGACCUGCCUCCGCAGAGUCUCAGUCUUGCUCAAGCUCUCGAUAAGCUCUCUUUAUUCUACAAACCCGCCACGAGAACGUUGGAAUCACGACCCCAUGCUGAUGUUUUUGCAGACGACGGAUCCCCGCAUAUCUGUGAUAAAGCCGAUGGAGAUAGUGGAUAUUUUGUGGAAAGCCCGAGAAGCACGCUUGAGAAAGAUGCCGUGUUCUCGGUGUGCACGGACGCGAGCUCUUUCAGUAGUUUAUGCAGCGACGACGACGUCGGCGCUAGGGAUUCGGAUGGGGAUUUAGAGAACGACGAAGAGACGAAUGGCCCUGUUCAGACAUCCUCGGUUCCAGAGCGGAAGACUGGGAAAAGGCGUGGAAUUUCCCACAUUUUUGGCCUGUUCUCGUCUCUGACGGUGAAAAAAACGGCGUCCGUAUCCUCGCUGUCGAGUGCGGGUCAGGCCGGAGCUGGAACGCUGAUUUUGGAAUCCCGACCUGCGCACUUACCCGCUAAGUCGCAUCACGAGCAAGCGCGACACGUUGUCCUGUACCGGCAGAUGCUCGACGCUGCGAAACGAAAAGAAUCUCUCGAGAGCCGCAAGAAAGAGAAAGAAACUAAAGAUCUUUUGAAGCAAGAGGAAGCGAUUACCAGAGCGGCGCAGUUCUGGUCGUCUCAGGUUCUCACCGAUUGGGAAAGCAUGAAGUACCACAAACAAACGAAGGAGAUGUUUGCCAAAGGAAUUCCACCCAGCGUGCGCGGGCAGGUUUGGAAGAAAGCUAUUGGGAACGGCUUGGGAAUAUCCUCGUCUUAUUGUGCUGACGCACUCAAACGGUUCGCUGGCGGUCCGUAUCACGCGACUUUGCACAUUCUACUAACGGCCUAUGCAACGGAAAAUCCGGAGACGGGUUAUGUGCAGGGAAUGAGUUUCCUUGGAGCAGUUCUGCUUUUGCAAAUGGACCUCGAAGACGCAUACGUUGCAUUUAGUAAUUUGAUGUCUCGUCCUCUGUUCUCUGCGCUAUAUUCGAUGCAUCAGCCGACGAUGGAAGCGUAUUUCUCCGCCUUCGAGAGCGUCCUGGAGAAUAACCUGCCUGUUUUGAGUGCUCACUUCCGAGCUCUGGACCUGAAGCCGUGCUUGUAUUUGCUCGACUGGCUAUAUACAUUGUUUUCGCGACCGUUGCCGCUGGAUGUUGCGUGCAGGAUCUGGGAUGUGUACUUUUCCAAGGUGUGCACGUCAGACGACGAUGAAUUCUUGUUUGCAGUUGCUGUUGGAUUGUUGCGGUUUCAUCAAAGACGACUCCUGGAGAUGGAUUUCAUUCAGAACGCACAGUUUUUAACGCGGAAUAUGCAGGCGUCCGGCGCAGAGACAGACGCCGAUCACUUGCUCAAACUUGUUGGCGGUAUUGUGCUAGUGGGUCACGCCCAGCCGGGGCGCAACUUUGGUCAUCUAGUUGCCAAGAAGCCAUUUGCCGUUCUUGUACAAGAUAAUCUUGCGUCCAGAAAUGAGCAGAGCAUCGCUUCAGCUCGUGCCAGCGUCAUGGUGUAUGACGACGUGCUUCGGAAAUGGAUUCCAAGUGGAUCUUCUUCGGGGCUUUCAAAAGUGCAUAUUUACCAGCAUAUGGCAAAUUUCACGUUCCGUGUCGUUGGUCGGAAAUUACAAGAUCAUGAGGUGGUGAUAAACUGUUCUGUGCUCAAGACGCUGAAAUAUAACCAGGCUACGCCGACGUUUCAUCAAUGGCGAGACAGCAAGCAAUCUGUCUACGGAUUAAAUUUCAGCUCCAAAGAAGACGCGGAUAACUUCGCGGCGGCGAUGCAACACGCAAUCCAAGUACUCAACAGCCCGCCGCCGCAAGUGGGACCCGGGGCGCCGCUUCCGCCUACUCCUAGUUCCAGCUCUUCGAGUCUAAGCAAUUCACAGCUGUACGGGGUUCUGCAGCCUCCGACUCCACCAGUACAGCCUAUUUACCAGUCCGUUCAGGGGAUGAAUGGUGAUUGGGAAGACCCGUACAUGAGGAGUGGUCAAGACACGGAGGUGCAGGAUCCAAGAGCUUCACAAACAGUGAUGAAUCACGGACACAUGGUCCACAACGCAAGUAUGCCCAUGUUGAUGAACGCACCGCCCCCGCCAAUGCCUCCACCGGGCGGUCAUCAUAGAACUUCUUCGGCGCCGCCUGGACAAGGACCAGGUGCACCGGUACCGCCACCUCCUCCUCCGCCGCCUCUUCCUGUCCCUGGACACCAGAACUCUCAAAUGGUCUAUGGAGUUAAUGUGCCACCACCACCACCGCUUCCUCUACCGAACCAAGCCAUCGCAAAUGGGUAUUUGCCACCAACUUCCUCGGGUCCUGUGAUGCAGCCAUCACCAUCCAAUGGCCCUGCACCACCUCCUCCACCACCCCCGCUUCCGGCUGCCACUGGCCGUAGCGCCAAUGACGCUUUACCUGGCUCUCUGGCUGCAGCCCUGCAAAAUGCCAAGCUCAAAAAACGGCAGCAAUCCGUGGAAUCUAUGCAGUCUGUGAGCAGCAGCAGCAGUAAUACCAAUAGUGGAACUUACGCGACGCUUGGACGGGCUAGCGGAGCACAAGCAGCUGCAUCAGCCAAUGCAGCUGGUCCUGGAUUGGCAGACAUGAUGGAUGAAAUGACAAAAACACUGGCUAGACGACGUGCGGCUGCCGAAAGGAAAGAAGUUCGAGAUGACAGUGACGAAGGACAGAAGCCGCGUGACAAAACUAGCCCAGGGUCGGGUUCGUUGAACGGACGUAACGAAGAGCGAUAUGGCAAGCUUCCAGGAACUAGUGCGGGGCAACUGGGGCUCGGGAGUGGGGCACUAGUCAACGGCGAAUCGCCAAAAUCCUUGAGACGAAGAACCAGUUCUACCUCGGACAACGGAGGGCCGAAGCUCAACGGCGGCGAUUCGUUGGAUGCCACGAUCAGCACCUUGAAACAGGAGGUACUUCGUGAGUUGCGAGCAGAAAUGAGUCAGCUGAGGUCCGAUCUUUUGGACGAAAUGCAUCAGAUCAAGCAGGAAAUUAUCGAAGACCCCGGCUUUUUGAAAUAG